AUGGGCGACCGACCAAGACAUUCCUUUUCUGAUAGAGACAGAGACAGACGAGACUAUGACAGAGACGACCGAAGAGACCGUGAUUCUCAUAGAGAACGCGAUCGAGAUAGAGAUCAUCGAGAUAAAAGAAGCACUAAUGGUCGAGAUUACGACACAUCACAACAGUCAUCACGACAUCGCCCAGAUGGUGACUCGUAUAGUAAACGAGGCUCAAGACGUGACGGUCCCAGAACUGAUCGAUAUCCUGAAGAUUCCAGUACUCGGGAACUGUCGUCUCGUCGUGAUGAAUCUAGAAGACCAUCGUCCAGAUACGAUGAUAGAAGACGUGAUGAAGGCUCAUCAUCAAGGCAUCGUGAUGAAGGAUCAUCAAGGCUACGGGACGAAAUGGAUGUGGAUGCUAGAUCGUCUUCUCAGCCUAGAACUCCUGGUGAACGUGUAGGCUCUCCCAUAACGGAAGACGGGGUAAGAAGUAAUAGUAAUCCUCCGGUAAUGGAUGGUAUUCCAACAUCUCAGCGCUCAGAUUCGAUGCACACUGAUGCAAAAAACCACGAUGCUCCUUCCUCCUGUUCUACUUCUCAAGUAAAGAGCUCAAAAAGGAAGUCGUCAUCGUCACGAGCGGAUGGACCAUCUGUACGCCAGGAACCAGCUCCAGUAGUCAAGGAUCCUGAGCUGGAUGCGUAUGAAGAAAAGGUUCGUCAACGCAAAGAGAGAUUGGAACAAUGGCGUCGUGAACGUGAAGCUCAGAAAGCUGAGAGCGAGUCUGCCUCUGCUGUUGCUGCUUCGUCUGCUUCUGCUAUGCAGCAAGAUGAGGAAGAAGCCAAUAGUAAACGUAAAGCUUGGAAUUUAGAGGAUGACGACGAAGACGACGAAGAUGCAACAUCUCGUCUAGCCUCUCCUAGUGUCAAUGGUCUCCCUAUGGCUCCAGUUCUCAAAUCCUUGGCCACGACUCCAAUAUUAUCAAGAGCUUCGUCACCACAACUACGGGCUCAAUCACCUGUUGCUGCUUCACCAGUACAGCUUCCAGUAUCAACAAAACCUGUAGUUAAUAAGCCAAUAAGUCGUAUAAUAGGCAAACCUGUCAAGGGCAGUAUCACAUUCAAAUCUCCCAUGGCGUCAUCCAAACCCACUAUAAUCAAACCUAAAGUAUCACUCGACGACGAUGAUGAAGACGACGUUUUGUCAGGCCUGUCAUCAAGACGAGCCAAAAAGUUGCCCAGACUGGAUGAAACACCAGUCGCAGUGAAGAUGGACGUGGACAAUCAAGAAGAUGUCACCGAUGCACUCGAAACAUAUAUGGAAGAUGUGCAUAAAGAUGUAGCUAAAGUAGUUGAAGAAGAAAAUGCUAAAGCUAUCGCAUCCAAAGGUACGGCUGUGGACGAUGCUACCACUGUCGCUGAAGGAGAAACCAACAAUGAUAAUGAUGAAGAAGAAGAGGCCGAGUCUAGUGAUGAUGAUAUUAUGGGACGAGUCAGGAAACAACUAGCCUCUAAGAAGAAGGACUUUGCCCAAGUAAAUCAUUCCCUUAUGAACUAUGAGGAAAUCCGUAAAGACUUCUUUGUAGAACCACCGGACUUGGCCGCUAUGACUCCUGGUGAAGUAGAAUUGCUACGAGCUGAAUUGGAUGGUAUCAAGAUUCGAGGGGUCAAUCCUCCCAAACCAGUAGUAAAAUGGACUCAGUUUGGUCUACCUUCCGUAGUAUUCAAUGUCGUCACUCGUAGUCUGAAGUAUGAAAAACCGUCACCAAUUCAAGCACAAUCUAUACCUGCCAUCAUGAGCGGCCGUGACGUUAUAGGCAUUGCCAAAACAGGAUCUGGUAAAACCAUGGCAUUCCUUCUACCCUUAUUUAGACAUAUAAAAGAUCAACGACCUCUGGAACAGGGAGAUGGUCCUAUUGCCUUGAUUAUGACACCCACUCGUGAAUUGGCCGUACAAAUAUACAAAGAUGCUAAACAUAUAACCAAAGUCAUGGAUUUGAGAGCUGUAUGUGCCUAUGGUGGAUCACCUAUAAAAGAUCAAAUAGCAGAGCUGAAACGGGGUGCUGAAAUCAUCAUUUGUACUCCUGGUCGAAUGAUUGAUUUGCUCACUGCCAACUCAGGACGGGUCACGAAUCUGAAACGAGUCACAUACCUAGUAUUGGAUGAAGCGGAUCGUAUGUUUGAUAUGGGAUUUGAACCUCAAGUCAUGAAGAUUGUAAAUAAUGUAAGACCUGGUCGGCAAACUGUCUUGUUCUCUGCUACCUUUCCACGUCAAAUGGAAGCGCUAGCUAGGAAAAUCCUCACCAAACCAUUAGAAAUCGUAGUAGGUGGUCGAUCGGUAGUCUCAAAAGAUGUGACUCAAAAUGUGGAAGUCCUUGAAGAGGACGACAAGUUUGUACGCUUGUUAGAUAUUCUAGGGCGUCAAGCUGCCCUCGAUGCAGAUGCCAAGAGUCUGAUAUUUGUAAAUCAGCAUGACGCCGCUGAUAAUUUAUAUCGUGACUUGAUGAAGCGUGGAUAUCCUUGUCUAUCUCUACAUGGUGGUAAAGAUCAACAGGAUCGAGAUUCGACUAUAGCUGACUUUAAAGCUGGUGAUGUCAAUAUCAUGAUUGCUACAUCGGUAGCUGCUCGUGGUCUCGACGUCAAAAAUCUCACUCUUGUGAUAAAUUACGAGUGUCCAAAUCAUAUGGAAGACUAUGUCCAUCGAUGUGGUCGUACCGGUAGAGCAGGCAAUAAAGGAGAAGCAUAUACAUUUAUAACGCCACAGCAAGAUCGAUAUGCUGUUGAUAUAGUCAAGGCUCUGAAAAUGUCUGGUGCUACUAUACCAGAAGCUGCUCAAAAGCUCUCUGACGAAUUCAUGGCCAAAGUAAAAGAUGGUAAAGCUACCUUUACUGCCAGUGGAUUCGGUGGUAAAGGUCUGGAAAAGCUGGAUAAAGAACGAGAUCAAGUCAAAAAGAUGCAGAAACGAGAACAUGGUGGUGAAGAAGCUGCUGAUGACGAUGACGAAGAAACAGAUGAGGAAGAUAUAUUCGAAGAUGAUGGAGACUUUAAAUUCCGUUCUCGACCAGUUGGUAAAUCUGCCAUUGUCGAAGCUAUGAAGAAGGAACAAUUAUCAGGAUCACCACAACCACCUGUCGUCACACCGGCCAUACCCGUAAUUAGUAAUGCAGGUCUCGAAACUGGUCUUAGACCGGAGGUACAAGCAACCAUAACAGCUGCUGAUACACCAGAUGAAGCCAGACGCAAAGCAGCUGCUAUAGCACAACGGUUAGCUGCUCGAGCCAUAUUGAACGAUUCGGGCAAGAAGGGUACUCGACCUGGAGAGCCUGAAGCAGCAUUUGCCAUGGAGAUUGAAAUCAAUGAUUUCCCACAGAAAGCUAGAUGGAAGGUCACCAAUAAAGAAAACAUUUCUCAGAUUGUGGAACGUACUGGUGCUGCCAUUACUACUCGUGGAUUGUAUUUCGCUCCCGGAACAAAUCCUGGUCCAAAUGAUAGGAAGCUGUAUUUGUUGAUUGAAGGACCAGAUGAGCACACACUCUCUUUAGCCAGAAAAGAAAUCCGUCGCACGCUAGAGGAAGCUACUGCUAUGGCUCUUGAGCAUGAAGAAAAGGAUCCACAACGUGGUAAAUUCCGUAUCACGUUUUGA